AGAAGGUGGAAUUCAAAUUUCAAAACAAACCGGAGAUUGUUGUUUCACCAUGCAAGUGUUCACUGUGAGGUAGCUGAUAUCUAAAUGAGUCUUCUGAGUUUCUAGAUUAAGGAGAUGGACAUGGACGAAAAGCACGAAACGCGUGAGAUCGCUGUGGAGGUCCCCAAGCCGCCAUCCAUUGACGAUUUUGUCAUUUUGAAACCCAUUAGCCGUGGAGCUUUCGGCAAAGUGUACCUUGCACGAAAAAAGUGCAAUGAGCGAUUGUAUGCAAUAAAGGCCAUGAGGAAAGCAGACAUGGUUGACAAGAACAUGACCGGGCAAAUGAAGGCAGAGAGAGACGCCCUAGCUCUGAGCAAAAGCCCUUUCGUUGUCCAUCUGUUUUAUUCUCUUCAAACAGCUUCAAAAAUCUAUCUGGUAAUGGAAUACCUUAUUGGUGGAGAUGUCAAAUCCCUGCUUCACAUUUAUGGAUAUUUUGACCAGGAUAUGUCAGUCAAGUAUAUUUCAGAGGUGGUACUGGCUUUGGAUUAUCUUCACCGGCAUGGCAUUAUCCAUAGAGACCUAAAGCCUGACAACAUGCUUAUUUCCAAUGAGGGACACAUCAAAUUAACAGAUUUUGGCUUGUCUAAAGUCAAACUUGAUAGAGAGCUUAACCUUAUGGAUAUUCUUACCACCCCAUCACUGGCAAAACCUAAAAAAGAUUAUUUCCGAACCCCAGGUCAAAUUCUAUCUUUGAUCAGCCAUCUUGGUUUUAAUACUCCAUCUGGGGAAGUAAAGCGCCACUGUAGCACAUCUGCCAUAUCUAGUCCUGUGACCGGUGGCAAAAACAGACAAAAAAACAACUCUGUGGGCUCACCUAUGACUGUAGUAACAGAUCAGCCAUUUUACCCUUCUGCCCACUCUUGGAAAACAAUGCAUAAAAGUGUGUUUCACCCACAUAACAUUGCUAAGAAUCUUACUCCAUCACUGCUGAAGACUAGAAAGAGAUUUGAGACGAUGAGUGCAGGAAGUACCACCGACACUGAAGGAGGGGUCAGUCCAAUGUGGGAGUGUGAGGAGAAAGAGAACAUGCACAACAAUGAGUUAAAGAGGAAGGUUUCUGAAUCCAAACAGCCUGAACAUGACCAAGAACCAACCCACACUGAGAGGGAGGAAAAAUCUAAUGCAGAAAAGCAGACCACCAGUUCAGACAGCAGAGAGCCUAAUCCCUCUGUAACUGCAUCUUCCAUCAAGAGAAGAUACUCCCAGCUGGAACGUAGCCCAGAGCAGUUUGAGAUCCACGCUAAGAAGAGCACAGCUGACUACAAGAGGUGCUUUGACAUUCCAGAUGAGAAUGCAAAGUUUCACACUGGCUUGACAGGAACUUUCUCCACCAUCAACUUGAGUGACUUCAUGGCCUGUUCCGAGGAUCACAUUCCCAACCUCUCUAGUCCCAUCACAGUGGCUAAAUCUCUGUUUUCUGAACUGGAAGAACCAGCAGAAGAUGUGUUUGAUGAAGGAGCGAAGGACCUGUCACAUUUGAGUUUCACAUCUCCUCUUGGACAAGCUAGGGAUGUUUGUAGAAGUUUAAGUUUAGACUCUGAUGGUUCUAUGCAUGAAACUUCCCUCAUUAUCGAAAGCCAUGCAUUGCAUGAGCCAAGCCAUAACUCAGCAAAAAGAAAUUCAGAAUCUCCCGAUGAGAAUGGAAUAAACAAAGAAUCCCCGCCAAAUAAAACCUCCUGUGAUGUCAUGAAUGAAACGCCGAAAUUGGGGCAUUUGGGCAACAGUAAUUCGCAAUCUUCCUUUCUAAACAGACUUCAGGAAGUAGGUCCCAGAGAACUACAGUCUCCCUCUUUCCUCAAACCAAGGAAUGUGGUGGCUUUCCGUAGCUACCACAGUUCUAUAAAUCGGUCUAACAUAUCGGGAGUAUCCAGGUUCAGCAUUGGUUCAGUGGAUUGUAUGGAUGCAACUGCUUCCUAUCACUCGUUAAAUACAACACCAAUGCAAAAAAGGCCAAGAUCCAGUAGCUCUCUCUGCCAGACUCCUCAGCCCAUGUCAACAUCCCAGACUCCGUUUAGAACUCCCAAGAGUGUUCGGAGGGGCGCCGGUCCAGUAGAAGGAGCUCAGAUCUUAGGAACGCCCGACUAUCUGGCUCCUGAACUACUGCUGGGUAAACCACAUGACUGCAUGGUGGACUGGUGGGCUCUGGGGGUGUGUCUUUUCGAGUUCCUCACAGGUGUGCCCCCCUUCAACGAUGAGACACCUCAGCUUGUCUUCCAGAAUAUUCUCAACAGAGAUAUUCCCUGGCCAGAGGAAGAGGAGGCACUGUCUUCCAAUGCAAGAAAUGCUAUUGAAAUCUUACUCACCAUGGAUAUGACCAAGAGGGCUGGUAUGAAAGAGCUGAAGAGCCACCCACUGUUUGAGGAUAUGGACUGGGACAACCUGCAGAACCAGCCCAUGCCCUUCAUUCCUCAGCCUGAAGAUGAGACGGACACCUCCUACUUCGAUGCAAGGAACAGCGCUCAACAUAUUGCUGUGUCUGGCUUUAGUCUAUAGUUGCAGCAUCUUGCUUUUUAACAACUUUACCUCUGAAAUGUUCAUAGUAACAUUUUCUCUUCUAUUGUGCAAUCACUGAUUUUAGCAGGUUUGCUUUUGGCAAAAUGAAUGUACAAAAAUAUUUAAUAUUAUCUGAAUAUUUUCACCAUGUUUGGCUAAUUAGAUGUUGUAUACUAGCUCUUAUUUAGUAUGUAUGUUAGUAUGUAGUAUGUUAGUGCUGCCAUGGAUAUCUUUAAAAAAACGUAUGUGGCAUUUCUGCCAACGGUUUUUCCUUCUGUCUGCACUGCUACGUUCCCCUGCUUCUAAUACUGUGGGUGGGCUGGCCUGCUUCUAUUUCUCUCAGGGGUCCUGCUGAAAUAUUCUAUUAAUAUUAAUUAAUUAUUAUUAAUUAAUUAAUAUUUUAUGUAAAUCUGCUAAUUGUUUUAAAAUAGAAUUGUGUACUUUGUAUGUUGAUGAAAUUGUUUGGUCUUUUAAUUAUUGUGUGUGUGUCAUAUUAAUGUUUUUCCUGUUUUGUGUUUAUAACACUAGUUUUAAAUAAUUUUGUGAUUCUAGUUCUGUUUUACUCACAUAAAUUUCACCAAACUGCAAAUAAAUUGUUUGAUUUGA